AUGCAUAACGUUAAAGCCGAACCGAAAGUCCCAACUACAACACCAGCAGUAGCCGCGGCACCAGGUGGACCUGCUCCCCAAAAAACUCCUGGAGUUUCAAUUGAUACGAGAGGAAAAAAGAUUUUAAGUGCAAUUGGAAAAUUACGAGCAGAUUAUGGUGGGGAUGCAAUUAAAUCCGGAUUGGAUGGGCUCGAGAAGAUGGGAGUUAAGGAUGAUAUUGAGAAUGGAAUCAAUAAAAUAGAUCCGGAUACACCAGAAGAGCGUAAAGAAGAAGAGAAAAAAAUUACUCAUCGAAUUUAUAAACUUGAUUUAGCGAUCACUUAUUUGUUAUAUUAUACGUCUUUGGUGUUGAAUUGGUUAACUUUAUUGGGAUCAAGUAAAUCGGUCGAUGAAUUUUUCUAUGAAGUUUUUAUUGGAAGCUUUGAUUUCACAGAAUGGGAUUUUAAUAAUUUUAAUAUUAUUGGUAAAAUCAGCGGAGUCACUUGUAGUCUUCAGAUUGUAUUCUUUGUUUUAGCAAAUCUGAUAGUAUUCGGUAUUACUUUCUUACAUCCUAACGGUAAACAAGGAUUACCGGAGAAUCUGCGGGCGCCAAUUUAUUACGGUGGACCAUUUCAAUUAAUUCAUUUAAUGAAACCGACUUUAAAAAAAUAUCACUUAUCCGUUAAAAGAAUAGAUGCACAAUUUUCGCAAAUAUUAGGAAUUCUAAGUCAAUUAUUCAUUAUCGUGGCUGCCUCGAUUGUGACAAACACGAAAUUAGAUGAUAUCGCUUAUUUAAUUGAUUCAAAUCCUCAAAUAGUAACGCCAGUCGCUGUAGAUACUGGAUUAAAUUAUCUCGUGACACGUCAACUUGAUAACAAUACAGCAUCCAAUGUUAAUGCAACGGAAUUAACAAUUGCGGUACAACAUGCAGCAUUAUUCACCAAAACAACAUUAAUUGUAUCCACAGUGGGAAUUACAAUGACAGCAUUUUUAAAUAUCUUAGCUUGGAUAUCAAAUGUAUGGAGAGUUAAUCAGAAGGAAUUGAUUAUCUAUGAAGCAUAUAAAAUAGAGGAAAUCGUACCAAAAAUCAUAACCGAAAAAACCGAUAAUAAAGAUACCGGAUCUUCCGACAUCGGUAGUUCGCAUUAG